UGCAAGUAACAGAAUCACCAUGAUUCUUCAGAGGCUCUUCAGGUUCUCCUCUCUCAUUCGGUCUGCAGUCUCAGUUCAUUUGAGGAGGAACAUUGGUGUCACAGCAGUGGCAUUUCAUAAGGAACUUGAUCCUGUACAGAAACUCUUCAUGGACAAGACUAGAGAAUACAGAACUAAGCAACAGGCAUCUGGAGGACCCACUGAUACUGGCCCAGAGUACCAGCAAGACCUAGAGAGGGAGCUUUUUAAGCCUAAGCAAACGUAUGGUAAAGCAGACAAGAAUAUGUUCCCGGACUUCAAAUUUGAGUAUCCUAAAUGUGAAGUCAUUGAAAAACCCCAGUCCUGA